AAUCCGAACCUCGUUAAUCCGAACCCUCGCUAAUCCGAAUGUCCCUAACUGCUUGACCUCGAGUUUCCAGAGAGCAUUUAGAAUUCCGAGGCCUUGUGCAAACGUCCUUUGAUAUCCGGGAAAUAACAAACAUCUGAUCAUAUCCGGGUACACGUUCUCAUGUCGUCAGACAAAGAUAUAACAAAGAAGACAAAACGGGCUCACAAGACUCUAACAAUAGAGCAGAAGGUAGCAAUACUGGAUGAACUGGGAAGUGCCUCCUAUUCUGUGCUGUGUGAACGAUAUGGAAUCGGUCGAAGCACCAUUAGCGAUAUCAAGAGGAAAGAGUCUGAACUGAGGCAAUACGAAAGGAAGCUAACCGAAAUGGGAACGAGUCGACUUGCCAAAACAAUGAAGCUUUCUACUUACGAGGAGCUGGAGAGGGCUGUUUUCAUGUGGUUUCGGCAGACGCGCGAGAAAGGCAUUCCUGUAUCAGGCCCACUACUACAAGCAAAGGCCUUGCAGCUUCACGAGAAAUUAAAGGAGUCUUCUCAAGAAGAGGAUUUCGGCAACUUUGUUGCCUCGUCUGGUUGGCUUUGGAGAUUUUGUAAGCGUCAUUGCAUUAGACAGCUGGCCUUACAAGGAGAAAAGCUGUCUGCCGAUAAACCAGCUGCUGAUCAGUUUGUGUUACGUUUCCAAGCUUUUGUCAAGGAUAGUGAUUACAGCACUGAACAAAUAUUCAACUGUGACGAGUCAGGUUUGUACCAUAAGCUGCUGCCUCAGAAAACGCUUGCUGGUCACUUUGAGAGGUCUGCUGAUGGGCGCAAGACUCAAAAGGACCGUGUUACCAUCAGUGCCUGCUCAAACGCGUCUGGUAGCAUAAAACUACCCUUGGUCUUGAUAGGUAAAUCCAAGAAUCCUCGUUGUUUCAAAAACGUCAAUCGUGAUCACUUGCCAGUGAGUUACUACAACCAGUCUAAUGCUUGGGUGAACACAGGAAUAUUUUCUGACUGGUUCCAUCAUAAGUUUGUUCCUGUAGUGCAGGAAACGUUAAGGGAAAAGGGUUUGGAUGAUAAAGCUGUCCUUCUGCUUGACAACUGUUCUGCUCAUCCGAAUGAAGAAGACCUGAUAUCAGCAGAUGGCAAAGUGAUCGCAAAGUUCCUUCCACCGAAUGUCACUUCGUUAAUUCAACCCAUGGAUCAAGGUGUGCUAAGGUGUGUCAAUCAUUGA